UGCGCAUGCGCUGUGGGUGUGACGGGAAUCUUCUGAUACCGCGGGAGCUUGGGUCUCCGGUGGUCCCUGGGCUGCGUCUUUUGUCGCGCCGUCCUCCCGGGUGCUGAGGGCUUCUCAGGCAGGCUUGGGAGACGCCGGCGGCGGGGACAUGGCAGCACACACCGUGGACUUUGAGGAUGUGGCUGUGAAGUUCACCUUUGAAGAGUGGGCUCUGCUGGACCCAUCCCAGAAGAGACUCUACCGCGAUGUGAUGAGGGAGAGCAUGAGGAACCUGGCCGCCGUGGGGAACACAUGGAAAGAGCAGAGCACAGAAAAUAAGGAUGAAAACCAGGAAAUUAAUCCAAGAAGUCAUAUGUUGGAAAAACUUUAUGAGCAUAAUGAUCAUCAGUGUGCAAAAAAUAUCUCAAAUUCCACUCUCACCAAGGAAAGCCCUACUUGUAUAACACCCUGUAAAGGCAGCUUGUGUGGAAAACUCAUACAUCCAGGAUUCCUUAAUGGGCAACCCAGCUCACUUCCUAGGCACAGACUACCUGAGAGUCAGGAAUAUGAAGAGAAGUCAUAUAAGUUGCAUGAUGACACAUUCAGCUGUCACCAGUGGCUCCAGAAACACGAACAGCAUCCUACUGAAGAAAAGCAGGGUGACAAAUGCUUCAGAUUUCUCAGUUUCUUACAGAUGGAUGAAAGAAGUCCUAGGGAGAAACCCCAUGAAUGUAAAGAAUACAGAAAAGCAUCCUUUACUUCCACAAGCUUGCAGGGUCAUGUAAAUCCUCAAUCUACAGCAAAACAGUAUGAAUGCACAACAUGUGGGAAAGCCUUUCUUCAUCACAUAACACUGAAGAUACACAUGAAACGGCAUGCUGGAGGGAUACAGUACCACUGUAAAACCUGUGGGAUAUUUUAUUUAUACUACUCAGCACUUAAGCAGCAUGAAAGGAGUCACAGUGGAGAAGAACCACAUGAAUACAGUCUACAUGGUAAGUCCUUCAGUGUUUCCACAUAUUCACGACAUAACCCAAAGACUCCCAACACAGAAAAUCCUUACACAUGUACGGUAUGUGGCAAAGACUUUAAACAUUCCAGUAGCUUUCAGUUACAUAAAAAAACUCAUGCUGGAGAGAAACUUCACAAAUGUCAGCAAUGUGAGACUUCUUUCAUUUGUUUUCGAGAUCUUCAAUCCCACCUAAAACUGCACACUGGGUAUCGGCCUUACAAAUGCAAGGAUUGUGGGAAAACGUUCAAGAGUUCAAAUGGCUGCACUGGACAUGAAAGGACCCACACUGGGGAGAAACUCUAUGAAUGUAAGCAGUGUGGUAGGUCCUUUGCCUACUGUACUACGUUCCGAGUCCACCAGAGAACUCACACAGGAGAGAAACCCUAUGAAUGUAAGCAGUGCGGUAGCACCUUUGCUUACUACACUUCCUUUCGAGUGCACCAAAGAUCUCACACUGGAGAAAAGCCGUACAAAUGCAGGCAGUGUAGUAAGGCCUACUCUGCCUACAGUGGUCUCAGAAGGCAUGAAGGGACGCACACCGGAGACAAACCUUAUGAAUGUAAACAGUGUGGGAAGGCUUAUGUUUACUCCAGCAGUCUCCAGCGGCAUGAGAAAACUCACACUGAAGAGAAACCUCAUGAAUGUAGGCAAUGUGGUAAGUCCUUCUCUUGGUCCACUGCCCUCCAGUAUCAUGAAAGAACUCACACUGGAGAGAAACCGUAUGAAUGUAAACAGUGUGGUAAGACCUUUGCUUACUGCAGUGCCCUGAGAGGUCAUGAAAGAACUCACAGUGGACAGAAACCCUACGAAUGUAAACAGUGCAGCAAGACCUUUGCUUACAGUAGUGCACUGCGUGCCCAUGAAAGAACUCACACUGGACAGAAACCUUAUGAAUGUAAAGAAUGUGGGAAGGCAUUUGGUACUUUUUACACCCUGCGAAUACAUGAAAGAAUUCAUACUGGACAGAAACCUUAUGAGUGUAAACAGUGUGGUAAGUCCUUCUCUCAAUCCAGCACCCUCCGAGGUCAUGAAAGAAUUCACACUGGACAGAAACCCUACAAAUGUAAGCAGUGUGGGAGGGCCUUUUCUUUUUCUAGGUCCUGUAGAGACCAUGAAAAAACGCACACAGGAGAGAAACCCUAUGAAUGUAAACAGUGUGGUAAGACCUUUAUUUGUUGUAGUGCCCUACGAACACAUGAAAGGAGAACUCACACUGGACAGAAAUCUUACACAUGUAAACAGUGUGGUAAGGCGUAUGGUGAUUUUAGCACCCUGCGAGCACAUGAAAGGAUUCACACUGGUCAGAAACCCUAUGAAUGUAAAUGUGGUAAGACCUUUGCUUACUCCAGUGUUCUCCGAGUCCAUCAAAGAACUCACACCGGAGAGAAACCCUAUGAAUGCAAACAGUGUGGUGAGGCCUAUGCUUAUGCCACAUCCUUCCAACGACAUCAGAGAAUGCACGUUGGAGAAACCGUAUGAGUGUAAGCCAUGUUACAAACCCUCACUAACUCCUGUGGUUUUCAGCAGCAUAUUAACACUGAGGUGGAGGUUUAUGAAGAUACAUAAUACAGUAAAAUCAUUGGUUCCAUUUAGACUUGAGUGCAUGGGCCAAAAUCAGUAGAGAGAAUCUUUCUACCUGUGAACACUUGGGCAAGACCUUUAGAUAUUGAAGUAGCAUUUAAGGACAAAGUACAAAAAAGUUAAAAGACCUGUGUGGUAAACAGUGUAAUGAAUUUAGGUGUGUCUGUUUUCUACUGUGUUAAAGAUCCCAUUAUGGAAAGAAACCCUGUGAAUUGGUAUGUUGAAACAUCUAUCACAUCACAACCUUUGAGGAUUUAAAAUGGACAGGAGCAUAUUAAUACAAACUUCACAUCUUCAGAUAUUUUCUUAUUUUGAAAUCAUAACUCAUCAAGAGAGACUUCUUUACUUUUUAAUUUUUUAACUAGUUUUUGUCUCAGGAUCUUCGUACUGAGCUAAAUUUGAAGCCCUUUAUCUCUUACUGAGAUCAUUUCUGAGUUGCUAAUUUGCCCAGGCUGGGUUUGAAGUCGGUAAACUGGCCUAACACACAUAGGGCUGUGUAUAUAGGUGUGUACACCAUAGCCUUUUGCAAAUUUUUUAAAAACAAUAUGGAGAUACCAUUAAUUAGCUUGCCUCCUUAAAAUAUCAUGUAGGAUUGCACAUUGGAUAAAACUGUAGGGAUGUGAAAACUUCUUGAAUGUACUGUAUUUUAAUAUUUUGGACAUGUGAAGAUUGCAACUGGGUAGAAGGCCAGUAAACAUAUAAAGCUGAAUUCAGGUCUUUGCACAUAUAAUGCUUUAUAGAAUUAUCUGUAUGCACUAUUAUUUUAAAGGUUUUAAAUAUAUUGUUUUUACCUGGGAGACAUUCUUAUCUUUUGUUUGGCAGUUAAAAUGUGACAAAAAAGUGAAAAAUGUUUGACACAUGCCUGUAAUUCUAAGCAUGAGAGGCUUAGGUAGGAGAUUAGAAGCUCAAAUCAUGUCUUGAUAACUUGUCUUAAAAAAAAGUAAAGUCCUGAGAUUGUAUCUCAGUGCAGGGGCUGUGUUCAGUGCUGUUUACCAAAAACGUGAAAGGAAUGUUGUCACAGUUUAAACAAUCAGGACAUGCUGUGAUAAAAUCACUUUCUAGUUCCUGCUGACAUCCCCCCCACAAAGAGUUGCUGGAGACAGCCCGAUGCUUGAGGUGGCUCACAGACACCUUUAGGCACAGGUGAGUUAGCACUGGUGUCCCAUUUUGUGUUUACAGCCUUUUGUUAUGUGUCACAUGGCUUCAGUUUGGGUUAAACAAAUAAGAGCCUCCUUGCUUCACACUCAGAGCUGGUGUAGCAUGGCAUCAGUAAAGGUAGUUGGAGGUGAUGUGUCAUCUGGUUCUGUCAGUGUUUUCUUACUCAAGUACAUUGUGGUACACAGGUUGACAACUCUGAAUUAUGUGAGGUUGACUCAGCACAAUAUGAAAAACCUGUUAGUCACUAUGCUUCUAAACAUACAGUGCAGUUAUCCAAGAGCAGUGGCCCUGGAGGCCCAUGACAUAGACAAAGUGUCUGCCACCUCUUAUGCUGUGUACAGUAUUGGUCUGUGGCCUCUCAAGAACUAGUCCAAACAACAGGAAGUGAUUAUUGCAAGAAAAGAGGAAGAUUUAUCUGCACUGAGCAGCCGCUCCCCAUAGUUUCUACUUCCAAUCAGACUAGCAGCAUCACUGGAGUGGCACAGAAGAGGAAACCUUCAGUUGUGCACGUGUGAGAUACACAUUGUCCAUUCCUUAUGAGAAUCUAACACCUGGUCCAAGUCCUGGCUCAAGUGAUUGUGUGUAAACACAGACUAAUAUCAAAUUGAUUUGCACAGAGAUCAUAAGUUGCUUAUAGACUGAUCAAAUCUGUUAGUGGCAAGUGACAAUCUGGUGACAGGCUUUAUAUCAGAAACCUCUUGUUUUCAUCCACUUCUGGGACACCCAUUUUAUUUGCCACUUUGGCCAAUACGUUUUUUUCCACAGGGUGCAUUUGUUUCUGUCACACAUUUGGUAAACCAGAAGCUAAUCCGAGGCAAAAGAGUAAAAUUCAGAUAUAACUGAUGUAAUUUUAAAAGGAAAAUAGGUCCAAUAGUGAGAUACCAGAAGACUCUUUAGGACUGCCAACAAAAAGUUCUUAAGUUACAGUUUAAUUACUAAGAAUUGGACCCUCCUGAAGCAAAGACAAUCAAGAAAUAAGCAACUGAAAUGAACUGACACUUCUCAAAGGACAAAUGGCCUACAAUGAAAAGUGUCCAACAUCUCAGGGCACCAUGGAAAUGCAAACUCAACACUGAGUGUCUCACACCAGAAAGAAUCACCAUUGUCACCAAAGUUUAUCAACAAAUACCAACUGUUGGUUAGACUUCUAGGUGAAAGGGAAAUCUGAAUUUUGGUGUGAAUGUAAAUUGGUACAACUAGUGUGGAAACCACUAAGGAGAUUCCUCAAAAAACUAAAGAAACUGCAUGUGACCCACCUAUUUUCCUUCUAGAGAACCUCCCAAAAGAUUUCAAGAUACUGUUCAGUGCAUAAUCUUGUAUAUAGCAGCAUCCUAGCAAAACCACUGAAGUGAUAUAAUGUCAACCAACAGAUGAAUGGAUACAGAAAAUGUGAUUUUUAUACAGAAUGGAGUACUACCAUGUCAAAGAACAGAAAUAAAUUUCAGACCUUUUUUGAAAAAUAGAUACAUCUUGAGAUCGUGAUGUUAAGUGAACUAGGACACACCAGCUUAAGUAUCUCAUAACUUGUCUUUGAGAAACACACAAGUCUUAUUAAAUACAUUUAGUAAUAAAACAAGAAAUGGAGAGAUCUUUUUUAAAUGGGAAAGGGAUAAGUACAUGGGAUGGGCAAGUCGGGACAGGAGUGAUAAAAAGAAUUUUAUGUUCAUGUACCUGCCCGUAAGACAAAUGUAAGCUUUAUGUAUUGCAGACAUACUAAUAAAAUUACUUUUCCUGCUA